CGAGGGUAAAGCAAGCGCGUAUGUUAAUUGGAGAGCCGCUCGAUUAGCAUUUCUCGUGAUCCUUUGGCUGGCGCGGGUUAUGUGCGAAGGUGCGCGAGCGCGUGUGUGCGUCUUUGCUCAUUUUUUUGUGCGACUCCUAAACUAAUUGUCGCCAUAGCGGCGACACUUUUGCCUUUUAGGUCACGUCGUUACGCGACCGUUUGUAUACACAGUGUGUAUACAAUGGCGUGCCGCAUGAUUAUUGCAAAGCAGGAAACACUCGCCUCGAUCAAUGCCGCUAUCGCACCCGCAGAUGUCUAUAGCAAAUCAACUAUCUACCAGCGCAGUUUCUUGGUUGUCCUCUUCUCGCGAGGACGUGCAACAGUCGCGUUCCCGUAGGUCAAGAUCACAAUUAAGAGUACGAACUUUUCGCACGAUCAUGGGCAAAUUCCAGUGUAUUAUUGUGUUUUAUUUUGGAAUCUAUAUCUUAUAUUCAGAGGCUCAUGAAAGUAAUGAUAAUACCUCGCUGUACAGGCUUCCUAAAAGUGCUGUACCCGAAUCUUACGACAUACUGUUGCUCACCAAUGUCAGCAGAAGUGAUUUCACUUAUAAGGGAAUGGUUACCAUCAACUUGUAUAUAAUAAACGCAACAAAACAAGUCAUAGUGCAUUCGGAAUACCUGAAAAUCGACUAUAAAGAAACAAUGUUUCGCAGAAUAUUGCCAAAUAAUAAUUUUCAACAAAUACAAAUAAGCAAUCAAAUGUAUCAGGACGAAACUCAAUUUUACAUCAUUAAUUUUUCAAGUAUUCUAAUACCAGGAAGAUAUUUAUUGUCAGUGCAGUUCGUUGGCGAGGUGAUGAAUGACGUCUUCGGCUUUUAUAGAACUACUUACAGAAUAAAUAAUCAAAUAAGGUGGAUAGGGGUAACACAAUUUUCACCGACAUAUGCACGGCGAGCAUUUCCUUGUAUGGACGAGCCAGGAUUUAAGGCGACGUUUCAACUUCAUAUUGGACAUUAUGAUAAUGAAACAGUAUCGUCAAAUACUAUGCAAGAAUCGCGACAAAUCUCCGGUGAGCCGAAUUACUACAUUACAACAUUUGCAAAAACGCCACGAAUGUCAACUUACCUCUUGAGCUGGGCAAUCCAUGACUUUUAUCGAGUGAACUCUUCGGAUCCACGCAUUUGGCUAUGGACUCGGCUCAAUGACUCCCAACUUUCGUGGUCUUUAGCCUCGAAUCCGGCCCUUACGGAGGGUCCAAAAAUUUAUUCAGCACUUCAAGACUGGAUGGUAGUGAAUAAUUCUCUGCAAAAAGUCGAGCAAAUAGCAGUGCCAGACUUCAAUUUCAAUGCAAUGGAGAACUGGGGUCUCAUAGCAUUUCGCGAAUCGAUAAUGCUCAUCCGUAAUGAUACGACACCACUACGUCAUGUUCGUACCAUCCUUACAACAAUAGCCCACGAAUACGCGCAUACAUGGUUUGGCAAUAUCGUAACUCCGGAGUUCUGGAGCUUCGCCUGGUUAAAAGAGGGCUUUGCUACGUAUUUUUCCUAUUUCAUCCUAGGGAUCGUCCAUAAGGAUUGGCAAAUGAUGAAUAUGUUCUCGUUGGAAGUCACUCGCGUCAGUCUACUCGCCGACUCUAUGGAUCAUAAUAAAAUAAUGAACAAACGGGACAUAGGAAGUUCUAAGUCAGCAACAGGAGCUCUCGACUUUGUCACUUACGAUAAAGGUGCAUCGGUUAUACGCAUGAUCUCGGAAAUAAUGGGAGAAAAACUCUUCAAAAGUGCGAUGCACUCGUAUCUUAAGGGAAAACAGUUCCAAGCCGCUACUCCGCCAGAUCUCUAUAAAUGUUUAGAAUCGAAAUUCAACUCGAGCAGUUCAGCAAUGCAUACUCCAGUGACUCUUGGUGAUGUAAUUGAAUCUUGGGCAAAUCAGACAAAUUAUCCAUUGGUCAGAGCAUCGCUCAUCACUUCACGACGUCUGCGCAUUUCGCAAGAGCCAUUUCGCCUGAAUCGCAGCAAUGUUGAAGCGAAUAAAAGAUUCUGGUGGAUCCCCCUGAAUAUCAUCACAUCGACAAAAACAAGAAACAGCCAGUUAGUUGAGGUCUUUGCCUGGCUGGGAGCUGAGAAAUUUAUCGACGUGGAUCUACCGGACGAUAUUAAUGAUAAUCACUGGUUCCUGUUGAAUUCCAAGCAGAUCGGACAUUAUCGUGUGGAUUACGAUCAGAAGAACUGGAACUCUUUGAUGAAAGUCCUGAAUUCCGAUGAUUUUCAUCGAGUGGCUGCUAUUGACAGGGCAACCCUUCUCGACGACGCAUUCAACUUGGCGAGAGCUGGCUCUAAGAGAUACGCCGAGGCCUUGAAACUAGCAGAAUACUUACAUCGAGAGACUGACUAUGAACCUUGGGUUAUGGCUAGUCGGACAUUUAAUUUCUUGGAUAACAAAUUAAGGGACAGAGUAGAUGUACAAUUGGCAUUCAGAGUAAGUUUUUUCACUUUGAUACAUAUUUUCAUGCAGCGCUUUACAACUAAUCUGCUGAAAAGAAUUUAUAAACAAUUAAGUUUUGUGGAAAAACCAUUAGAUACAGAGCUAAAAAAGAUGCAACGUAAUAUAGUCCUUUCAACCGCAUGUUUUUUGGAUCUUGAGGAUUGUGUAUCGAACGCAAAAUCAAUUUUCAAUAAUUGGAUUGCAAAUGAGAAUAAAUCAGUAUCGGCAAAUUUGAAAGACUUUGCAUAUUGCACAGGUAUACGUAAUGGAUCUAAUCAGAAUUGGAUUAUUUUAUGGGAACGCUUUUUAAACACAAAAUAUUAUGCGGAGAAGGAAAUUAUGAUUAGUGCAUUAUGUUGCACCGAGAAUUCUUCGUAUAUUAAUAAGUACCUCGACUUUUGCAUAAAUCCUGAUACGGAUUUAGCCAAACAGUAUAGACUUCCAAUUAUUCGGUCAAUUAUUUUCAAGAGCAGUAAAAAUUUGGAAACCGUACUAACUUACGUUGAAACAAAUUUAAAUAAGAUUAUUCGCAUAAGGGGUUUUCCAUUUUUAGAAGGUAUAUUAUCGUCUAUUGGUCAAGAAAUAACGUCAGAUAUACAAGAAUUGAAGUUCAAACAUUUUGUAAAUCAAAAUGCUAACCAAUUAGGAGCUGCAUUCAAUGUUGCUCUAAGAGCAACAAAACUUGCUACAGACAAUAUUGCCUGGAUUAAUACAUAUACCCCUAUAAUUGCUGGUUAUCUAAACUCAAGAGAAACAGUUUGAAAUAAUUAGAAAACUAAACACAUUGCCUAAACAAAUAAUACAAAAGCUAUUGACAUUUGUAUUUGUUAUCAUAGGAGUCAAAUAACUAGGCUGGUGUUUUUAAAACUAGUUUUUACCACUAGAGGGCAGCACUACUCGGAC